AGCACACUCAUUGGGAUGCUUCUCUUUCUUUAUACAGUCCUGCUUUUUCAUCAACUUCAUACAAAGGCGGAAAACACUCCUUGUCAAACAAUGGGAGACCCUAAGUCCCCGCUGCUUUCUAAGGAUGGAGAUGUAACUAUUGGAGGAAUUUUUGCAAUCCACAGAAAGGAAACGUUACCUUCUUUUGAGUUUACACAAAAACCUCAACUUCUGUCAUGCUCCAGUGUGAAUCUGAGAGAAAGUCUUUUGGCACAAAUCAUGAUUUUUGCAAUUGAGGAGAUUAACAGAAGUGAAAGUUUGCUCCCAAAUGUUUCUAUUGGUUAUCAAAUAUAUGAUUCCUGUGGUUCAAGACUGUCUACUAUGAGGUCUACUAUGAGUGCAACUAUGGGACUGAUGAAUGGUCAGGAGUUUGGAGCAAGACACAGAUGCAAUGGACAGUCUCCUUUACAUGCUAUCAUAGGCGAAUCAGAGUCUUCUGCAACAGUGAUUCUGUCCAGAACAACAGGACCUUUUAAAAUUCCAGUGAUAAGUCCCUCAGCCACAUGUGAAUGUCUCAGUAAUAGGAAAGAUUACCCCUCUUUCUUCAGGACUAUUGCUAGUGAUUAUCACCAGAGCAGAGCACUUGUAUACUUAGUCAAGCACUUUGGCUGGUCUUGGGUGGGAGCUGUGAACAGUGACAAUGACUACGGAAACAAUGGAAUGGCCAUAUUUGUGAAAAUAGCCCAGGAGGAGGGAAUUUGUGUAGAGUACUCUGUGAAAUUCUACCGAACAGAGCCAGAAAAACUCAAAAAAGUGGUAGACACUAUAGAAAGAGGCACAGCGAAAGUGAUUGUUGCCUUUGUUUCAUUCGUUGAGAUGGGCUUACUUAUUGAUCAGUUAAGUAUUCAGAACAUUACAGGCUUCCAAAUGAUCGGUGUAGAAUCAUGGAUAACUACAAAGAAUUUUAUCACUCCAAAUAGUUUUCAUUCCCUGGGAGGGUCACUGGGAUUUGCAGUGAGAAAAAUCAAUAUUGAAGGCUUUGCAGAUUAUGUUAGAAAAGCAUUCUGGGAUACAGCUAUUCCAUGCCUACAGGGAGAGAGGAAUUCUUCUCGAUAUGUAUUAAGUUGCAGCAGAUAUGAGGAUAUAUUUGCACUAAACAACUACACUGAAGAUGUGUCUGAACAAAGAUAUGCAAGCCACGUCUACAAAGCAGUUUAUGCUGUAGCUCAUUCACUACAUGGGCUACUUAAAUGCAAAGAACACGAAGGCUGUGAGAAAGGCCUGACAAUACAACCACAGGAGGUUGUUGAGGCUCUGAAAAAGGUAAAUUUCACUAUAAAAAUGGGCAAUCAUGUAUGGUUUGACAGCACUGGUAGUGCAGUAGCCCAAUAUGAAGUUGUGAACUGGCAGCAGGACUCUGAUGGAUCUUUCCAGUUUAAACCUGUGGGAUACUAUGAUGCCUCACUGCCCCCUGACCAGCGCUUAGAACUUAAUAUUAAAGAGAUCAUUUGGACUGGAGGACAGCUGAAGAAACCAAAGUCUGUGUGCAGUGAGAGCUGUCCUCCAGGCACUAGGAAGGCUGCACAAAAAGGAAGACCUGUCUGCUGUUAUGACUGCAUUCCAUGCGCAGAAGGAGAAAUCAGUAAUGAGACAGAUUCAGUUAACUGCAAGCAGUGUCCAGGGGAAUACUGGUCUAAUGUUGAGAAAAAUAAAUGUGUGUUAAAGGCUGUAGAGUUUCUGUCAUUUGCAGAAGUAAUGGGUAUAGUGCUUGUCUUUUUCUCACUGUUUGGAGUAGGAUUAACUGUGCUGGUGGCCAUCCUGUUUUAUAGCAAGAAGGACACACCCAUAGUAAAAGCCAACAACUCAGAGCUGAGCUUCCUGCUGCUCUUUUCAUUGACUCUGUGUUUCCUCUGUUCACUUACUUUCAUUGGUCGGCCCACUGAGUGGUCCUGUAUGUUGCGUCACACAGCAUUUGGGAUCACUUUUGUACUCUGUAUCUCCUGUGUUCUGGGGAAAACAAUAGUGGUGUUAAUGGCCUUCAAGGCUACACUGCCAGGAAGUAAUGUCAUGAAAUGGUUCGGCCCUUCACAACAGCGACUUAGUGUUCUUGCUUUUACACUUAUACAGGUUCUUAUCUGUGUGCUUUGGCUAACAAUGUUCCCUCCAUUUCCCUACAAAAAUAUGACAUAUUAUAAGGAAAAGAUCAUUCUUGAGUGCAGUCUGGGUUCUACUAUAAGUUUCUGGGCUGUUCUGGGUUACAUUAGCCUCCUGGCUUUUUUGUGUUUCAUUUUGGCUUUUCUGGCUCGCACACUGCCUGAUAACUUUAAUGAUGCAAAAUUCAUCACAUUCAGUAUGCUCAUAUUCUGUGCUGUGUGGAUUACAUUUAUUCCAGCUUAUGUCAGUUCUCCUGGAAAAUUUACUGUAGCUGUGGAGAUAUUUGCCAUUUUAGCCUCAAGCUUUGGUUUAUUAUUCUGCAUAUUUGCACCUAAAUGUUAUAUCAUCCUGCUUAAGCCUAAACAAAAUACAAAGCAACAUAUGAUGGGGAAAAUGGCAUCUAAGUCCAACUGAAAAAUAAAAUAAUGUCUAUAUUAACAUUGUGACAUUUUUAAUUAUUUGUUAUUAAAUAAUUCCCCUCACCCUGUAGACAUGGAAAAGCUGUAUCCAAGAAUGCUUUUCUAACAUAACCUGCAAACCCUCAUGGAUCUGCAAACCCUCCCAUUUUGCACCUAAAUAUUAUCAUCCUGCUUAAGCCUGAACGAAAUACAAAGCAACAUAUGAUGGGGAAAAUGACAUUUAAGUCCUACUGAAAUAUAAAAUAAUGUGUAUAUUAACAUUGGGUAACACUUUAUUUUACAGUGUCAUUGUUACAUAUGUUACACGUAGUUACUACAGUAAUAACUAUAAAUUAUGCAUAAUUACAU